AUGGGAGACCACAGCUCGACUAUGUAUGGGCCUGCUCUGGGAGCAGCAUUGAAGGUGCGCAAGGACCUCGAGAAGGGCGGGAAACAGAUCGAUAUCCUUGUCAACAACGCCGGGGGCUCCAUCUAUGCGCCUAUCGAGACCAGCACCGAGAAGGAGGUUCGCGCCCAGAUGGAGACCAUGUACUUUGGCUCGCUGCGCCUGAUUCGCGCAAUUCUUCCUCACAUGCGUCAACGUCGAUCUGGUGUGAUUGUAAACAUGAGCAGUGGUGUCUCACUCGACGCUCUCACCAAGAUUCUCACCAAGAUUCUCGCCAAGGAGGUUGCUCCCUUCAACAUCCGCACAUUGACUGAGACCCCUCUCCCCGACGACUACAAGGGUACCUUCACCGAGCAGGUCCAGGGGCUCCUUUUGAGCGGGAAUAUCAGCCCCAAAGGUGACAAAGACAAGUCCAUGAAGGCCCUGUACCAAGUUGUGGUUGGCGAAGGCGUGGGUGAGGGAUAUGAGGUUGAGAAAUUGUUGCUACUGGGAAGCGAUAUGACUCCUCGCCUGAAGGGGGUCCAAGAUUAUCUCGGUCACGCCCUGGAUGUGUUUGGCCUUAUGACCAACAAUGUUAAUGUGGAUAAAUAG